GUCCUGUGUUAGUCAACAUGACCCCGCUAAGUGGUUUGGUAGCGUCCUUCUUCCUCCUGCAACUACUGAUUGCACCGGGAUCCCCGUCCCCCUUCCCUCCUCGUAAUGAAACGGCCCGAGUAGCGCGUUACGUGGCGCAUCACUGUGACUGGGGCGCCCUGGCCACUAUCUCCAGCCACUCGCCCGUGCAGGGACAGCCCUUCGCCAAUGUUUUCUCUGUCAGCGACGGGCCCAAGGGAGCCGGCAGUGGAGUCCCUUACCUGUACCUCACCAACAUGGAGAUCUCUGUACAGGACCUGCAGGUGAACCCAAAUGCUUCUCUUACCAUGUCGCUGGCACAAACCCAUUUCUGCAAGAAGGAAGGGUUCGACCCCCAGAGCCCCCUCUGUGCCCACAUAAUACUCUCCGGGAGCAUUCAUCAGGUGGACGGCACGGAGAGUGACACAGCCAAACUGGCCUUGUUUAGCCGCCACCCUGAGAUGGAGAGUUGGCCUCGGGAUCACAGCUGGUUUUUCGCUAAGCUCAAUGUCACUAACAUCUGGGUGCUGGACUAUUUCGGUGGUAUUAAAACCGUGACGCCAGAAGAGUAUUACAGCGCUAAGCCAUAGAUCUUCGCACCUCGGCUGUUCCAGCAACGAUGGAGCUAAUGAAGCCCAAGUUUCUUUUUCCUGACCUACUUCUUCUACUUUUGUUUCUGCUUCCCCCCCCCCCUAUAUAUUUGCUCUGCGUGUGCCAAAGCUGCAAGUGCAGCAAAAUCCCAGUAAUUU